UAUAUUCAUAACCUCAAACAAAUAUUAAAGCUCGCAGGAAGCAGUAGUUUUGUAAAGAUUUUACAAUAAAGCGUAUUGCAAUAUUUUUCAAAAAUGGGUGACGAAGUGGAUGGAAACACGGUGUUGGCCCAAGCUCUCAAAGCACAGGGCGUAGAAUUCAUUUUUGGAAUAAUCGGAUAUCCAGUCAUAGAGCUAAGCCUGGCAUUACAGAUGGCCGAUAUCCAUUAUAUCGGAAUGCGGAACGAGCAAGCUGCUUGUUAUGCUGCACAAGCUAUGGGAUACUUAACAGGCAAUCCUGCUGGAGUUCUUUGCGUGUCAGGCCCCGGAGUACUGCACACUUUUGCUGGUAUGGCAAACGCACAAGUGAAUUGCUGGCCAGUACUGGUUAUUGGUGGCUCAGCACCACAGGAUCAUGAAGGAAUUGGGGGUUUCCAAGAAUGCAACCAAGUUGAAUUAGCGCGACCUUAUAGUAAAUACUCAGCCAGACCCCCAAGUAUACCUCUCAUACCGUCACAUGUAGAAAAGGCUGUGAGACUAGCCAAAAAUGGCAGACCAGGCGCAGUCUAUUUAGAUUUUCCAGCAAAUAUUUUGUCAGGAAAGGUAGAUUCUAGUGCCGUUCCACUUCAAUAUGGACCUACAGAAAUUCCCAUUAUAUAUCCAGACCCAAAGAAAAUUCAACAUGCCAUUAAAGUACUGUCAGAAGCCAAAAGACCUUUAGUUAUUAUUGGUAAAGGGGCUGCUUAUGCGAGAGCAGAAGACCAAGUUAAUGAACUAGUAAAUAGUACAAACUUACCAUUCCUUGCAACUCCAAUGGGCAAAGGGGUUGUUUCAGAUACGUCAGACAAAUGCGUUCAAUCCGCACGAACAUUGGCGCUUCUAAAAGCUGACGUUAUAUUGCUGUUAGGGGGUAGACUAAAUUGGAUGCUUCAUUUUGGAAGACCAAGCAGAUUUGCUCCAGACGUUAAAGUAAUCCAAAUUGAUAUAUCUUCAGAAGAAUUGCACAAUAGUGUCAAAUCUGAAGUGGCUAUUCAAAGCGAUAUCAAAACUGCUGUAGCUGAACUAGCAAAGGGGUUAAAACUGCAAAAAUUUGUGUUUUCUAGAACAGAGGAAUGGUGGACUAGUUUGACGAAAAAAUGUGAUGAAAAUAGAAAAAAUGUUGAGGCAAUGGCUAACGACCACCAAGUCCCACUCAACUAUUACGCAGUCUUUAGCAACCUCUACAAAAAUCUUCCCGAUAAUUGCAUAAUUGUCAGUGAAGGAGCUAACACUAUGGACAUAGGAAGAGCCGUACUCCUUAACAAACGUCCAAGACACAGACUGGAUGCUGGCACUUUUGGUACGAUGGGUGUGGGUCCAGGUUUUGCAAUCGCAGCCGCCCUUUAUUGCAGACACUACGAACCAACCAAAAAAGUAAUUUGCGUGGAAGGGGAUUCGGCUUUUGGAUUUUCCGGUAUGGAAAUUGAAACUAUGGUGAGGUAUCGGCUGCCGAUUAUCGUUGUGGUGGUCAACAAUUCUGGAAUUUACACUGGAAUGGAUCAUGAGGUGUUUGAAGAGAUACAAAAUAGUGGAGAAAUUACCAAAGUUACUCCUCCUGGUUGUCUAACCAGUGCCACCCGAUACGACCAAAUGAUGGCUUUGUUUGGCAGGACUGGAUUUUUCGUGCAAACUAUUCCUGAAUUGGAAAGUGCCACAAAACAAGCCUUGGAAAUCCACGAGGGCCCUACUAUAAUUAAUGUUUUAAUCAAUCGUACUGCUGAUAGAAAACCGCAGGCAUUCAAUUGGUUAACUGAAUCAAAACUUUAAUCAAAAUUUUUCUGUUUUAAUAUGUAUUUGGUUGUUAGGAUUUCGGUCUUGGAAUUAAGUUAGAGAUGGGUUGUGAAUAUAUAAUUAUUGGUUCUUUUAUGUUAAUAAAUAUCCUAAUGUGUAUCUAAUUUUUACAACAAUUUGAUUGUGUGUG